AUAUUUAUAAGGUAGACAGACUAUUUUAUCAGGCUGGAAGGCUUGAAUAUAUCGCUGUGAUCAGGAGGGUGAUUGACUUGCAAAACGGAGAAUCGGUGCCAAACUUUCUGAAGUCAAUGUACGUUUCCCCGAGCAAUGAAAUCAUACGGCUUUACUGAUUUUCCCAUCGUUUGCGCCUUUAACCUCUGGUCUGUUGAUCGUACGCCGUGUAAUCAAGUAUACACCGGUAAAUAUAAGGGUGCAAUGCUUGUCCAUGGAUGAGUGCGCAACGAAAACGACACUGGGGGAUUAGGACGACCCAUUCUCUUUAACUCUGUCGACGUAAUCCAGGUCAUUCCGGGUUGUCCCGAGGAUUUCGGCGAUUGCGAUAUCUGGACGUGGUCGUUCUAUGGGAAUUCCUGGGCUAUUUUAAACAGCCGUUGUACACGGUUAGCCCCAUGUCUGUGUUGCUACAGUUCGGAUACUUGCUACAGUGAAAUGGACCAGGAGGAUCAGAGAAGAGAGUUCUGCGAAAACUCCGAAAUACUAGCACCAGAAUCAGAACAAGAUGGAUAUAAAGCAAUCAAGAAAACUCUGUCCGUUUUGAUUGGACACAAAUCUAAAAACAGAAAACUCAAAGAAAAACCACAUGUCCAAUCUCAGAGAGAUGAAGACUCCGGGGCUUUCACCUCAGAUUACAAAUAUAAAAGAGAGUCUCGUCCAAUGCAAGAGACCAGUGAACCGGCCUGGGUCUACCCACAGUCCUCUUGUCCACCACGUGACCCGGCCCCCCUCCCUUCCUCUGCGGACAACACCUACCGUUUUUGUCACGAGACACGUGGGUUUGCCGUUCUAAUCAUCAACAGCAAGUUCGACGACCAGGCUAAAAGGGAGAAUGCUGUCUGGGACGAAUAUUACAUGUACAAGAUGUUUAAAGAACUGAAUUUUGACGUUUAUAUUCUAAGGAACCUUGCAUCAAAAGAACUCUUGGAGAAAAUGAAAGCAAUACGGGAUGCUGUCAGUGCGGAGUCUGACUGCUUCGCCUGUGUGAUUAGUUCUCACGGGAUGGAGGGUAAAGUUAGCCCCGUCCACCCCCAGGUCGAGAAAUCGUUUAUCAGGAUAGAGCACUUCACCUACACCAGGGACGGGGUGGUCAGAACCAACGAGCUCCUGGAGCUGUUCAAUGACCGGAACUGUCGACAUCUCAAGGGGAAGCCAAAGAUGUUCUUCAUUCAGGCCUGUAGGAGCCGCCUCGAUGUGCAGAAACCAGACGAAGUAGAUAUGGGCGUGGAGGUCCGUCUGAUGGAGACUAAAGCAACCACAUCAGCCGGUUCUCCAGCAAGAUUCUUUACAAGAGGCGAUGUGGUCGGGAAUUAUGACGAUUACUCGGGUCGACGACCUGAGGAAUUCCGGAGAAACUUCACUGCAGCUACUCUUGACCCUUUGUAUGAAAACUACCAAGUUUAUGGACUAUCCCGCCAGUAUCCCGGAUACUACCAGGAACACCAAGUCCAUGUCCAGGCAUCUCUACAGAGGCAGGAACCAGCUCGAACCGGGACUUAUAAAUCCAAACCUACCGAGCCCGAGCCCGAGCCCGAAUCCGAGCCCACUGAGGUUUUCCAGAUCCCGUGCUACAAUGACUACCUGGUUAUGUUUUCUUCCCCAGCAGGAACUAUUGCGUGGUCCGAUUCCGGUAAAGGUGGUUGGCUGAUGUACUGUCUGUACCAUGUGUUACAUGACGUCACUAACACAGACGAUGACCUGCUGACGACAUUGACACAGGGAGGAUCUGAAGAUUUGACAGCUCUGCCAGAUGGAAGAGUGUUCAUUUCAAGUGGGGUCAUUUCAAGUGAGAAAGGGAAAAUACUCCUGAUGGAUUUCUUAGAUCCCACUCACAAGAUCAAAGAACUUCAGCUACAGAGUGACCAGAAUAUGUCAGAUGCUCAUUAUCACGGACUCUCAGUUUGGCAGGAUAAUGAAAAAGGAGGGCUUACAUUAGCUGUAAUAAUGCACCGUUCCUCUGGAGAAGACACAGUCGAAAUGUUCAAGUUUGAUGAGAAGAAACAAAUCUUGAUCCACAGUAAAACAGUCAGAGAUCCUCUGUUCUAUGAGUUAAAUGACCUUGUGCUGGUCAGCGAGAACCAGUUUUAUGUCACCUGUUCACUGAAGUGGUCACUGCUGGAGUUAUUUCUACACCUCAGGUUUGGGGAGGUCCUGUUUUAUGAUGGCUCUAGGGUGAGAGUUGCGGCAGGGGGACAUAUUUUUGCCAAUGGUAUCAACAUUUCUCCAGACCACAGGCAUGUAUAUGUGGCUGAGUUAUUGGAGAAAGAUAUAUUAGUUUAUGAAAGGCAAGGUGACAACAGUUUAGUUCUUAAACAGACUAAGUAUGUGGACUCAGGAGUAGACAACAUAGAGGUGGAUCCUAAAUCUGGGGACCUGUGGGUGGGGGCUCACCCCCGAAUCGGUACCCUAAUCUACUUCAUGCAUAGAGAAGGACAAGGGGCACCGUCGCCUUCUCAGGUUUUGAAGAUAAAAACAGAGAAAGGAAUGUUGAGAGAUGUGAUAGAGGUGUUCCUGGAUGAUGGGGGAGAGAUCCCUGCGUCCUCUGUAGCAACGGUGUUUAAAAACAGGAUGGUCAUUGGGAGCGUAACAUCCAACCCAUUACUGUGUGACAUCAAAUACUCCAAGUGAUGACCGCCAUUAUAGGAGAAUUCCACGGCAGAUUGAUGGCGCAGAAGUGAUUGUGUUAGUGUCAGAUAGGAAAGAAAACGUUAAUGGUUAUUUUGCCCGCGAUCUGAGAAUAUUUUAUACAGUGAAGCCUACUAAAAGAAAAUACUUUGCAGAUGAACAGAAAGGAAACCAUUAUAAUACAAUUAUUUAAUGCUUGAACAGUCAAUAGACUAGAAUAUUUUUCCCGAGGUGCAGGGAACAGCUC